UAAAAUCAAAUUAUUUGCAGUCUCGCCUUCUGCUUCGGUUUCUCCUUGCUCAAGCAAACCCCCAAAAAAACGAAGCUAACAAAUCUAGCUCACCGAGUCACUCGUAAUGGAAGGGCAAGAAGGAACUCAGCAACCGCACCUCGUGCUCGCACACAAGCGCUUCCUCCUAACUCACCCCGAUGUUCAAGACAUUGAGAAGGUCCGCCUCAAGGAGGAGGUCUUCGCGGCCGUCAAAGACGACGAUAUGGCGCCGUUGUACGAAACCCUAAUGGCCGAAGGAAUACUGGACAAAGAUCAGAGCGUUUUGGAUUCGAUGCGUGCCAAGAAUGAGGAGGAGCUCAAGAAGCUCGAUGAGAAGAUUGCUGAUGCUGAAGAAAACUUGGGUGAAAGUGAAGUUCGAGAAGCUCAUUUGGCCAAAUCUUUGUUCUUCAUUCGAAUUGGUGACAAGGAAAAAGCAUUGGAACAAAUGAAAGUGACAGAAAGCAAGACAGUUGCUGUUGGGCAAAAGAUGGACUUGGUAUUCUAUACUUUACAGCUUGGCUUUUUCUACAUGGAUUUUGAUCUCAUUUCCAAGAGCAUUGACAAAGCAAAGAACUUGUUUGAAGAGGGAGGUGAUUGGGAAAGGAAGAACCGGUUGAAGGUGUAUGAGGGCUUAUAUUGCAUGUCCACUCGAAAUUUCAAGAAGGCAGCUAAUCUGUUUUUGGAUUCUAUUUCAACCUUCACUACCUAUGAACUUUUUCCUUAUGACACCUUCAUAUUUUACACUGUUCUUACAAGCAUUAUAUCAUUGGAUAGAGUUUCCCUGAAGCAAAAGGUUGUUGAUGCUCCUGAGAUCUUGACAGUGAUUGGGAAGAUCCCAUAUCUUUCUGAGUUUCUAAAUUCUUUAUAUGAGUGCCAGUACAAGUCAUUUUUCUCAGCAUUUGCUGGCCUCACAGAGCAAAUUAGACUUGACCGCUAUUUGCAUCCACACUUUCGAUAUUACAUGAGGGAGGUCAGAACUGUUGUUUAUUCUCAGUUUUUGGAAUCCUAUAAGAGUGUUACUAUUGAAUCGAUGGCAAAGGCUUUUGGUGUGACAGCAGACUUCAUUGAUUUGGAAGUAUCGCGUUUUAUAGCAGCAGGGAAGCUUCAUUGCAAGAUUGACAAGGUUGCUGGUGUUCUUGAAACCAACCGUCCUGAUGCAAAGAAUGCUCUGUACCAAGCCACUAUCAAGCAAGGAGACUUCUUAUUAAACCGGAUCCAGAAGCUAUCUCGUGUGAUUGAUCUGUGAAGCAUCGGAUCCAGAAGCUAUCUCGUGUGAUUGAUCUGUGAAGCAUUAGGUGUUUCCUGAGUUACAAAUGACGCCAAAAUUUGAGAUGUUCCAAAGAAAAUGGAGCAUGGGGACUCCUUGUUGGAUGUUUUUCACUUGAUCAAUCCGAUGCUAGUUGAGAUGUUGUCAUUCACUCUUCUCCAAAUAUAUUAAGAAUUGAAGCUUAUCGCUAAUUUCAGAUGCGAGUUAUCUGUUUUUAUACAAAUGCUUGUGUUGCUUAUUUUUUCUGUUCCUUAUUAAGUUUACUGCGCACGGAUUAUGGAAUCAAAAGCACCAGUUUACAAGUCAUUCUCAGCUGUGGCUGGUGUAUUUCAUCA